AUGAACUUCGAAGUGGAUCGUUACUCGUCAGCUUGGGCACACAUAGCCCUCUGUGCGGAUCUCACUUGGGCUUCGGAACCUCCCGAUGAAUUCAUUGUAGCCAAUCAGCGUCUAUGGACACAACAUUGCCACGUUUCGCAAGUUCUCCAGGACUCGGCGACAGAAACAUCACAGUGCGUUCAGAAUCAUUGCGAACACUCAGACAAGCAAGCUCUUGUACAAAGUCAAGAUAAUGGCGGCUGUAGUUGUCGACGAAGCGUGAAAGACGUUAUACCAGAAUCUAGAUUAGCACAAUUCUAUGGUAAUUUUUACUACGACGACACCAGAGAGAAUUGUUAUACCUGUGCCAAUGAUAAACACAAUUUGCGUGGUUGCAACAGCCACGGCUGCGACCAUACUGAUCUUACAGAAUGUUGGAUGUUACCUGAGGUAGACUACUGGUUUCGUAAGCUAGUCGACGACACAACUGAUCGGAGUAUGGUACCCCGUCGUCGGCGACAAUACAAGAUUCUUCCCGAUGACGAUUUGUGCGUCCAUUGGUUACAUUUAAGUUUAUUCAUGUAUCUUUAA